AUGUUUUUCAACAAGUCCUUCUCCGCUCUCGCCGUUGCCCUUCUCUUCUCUGUUUCUGCUCAGGCGGCCACCAUCGUCGCCUACAGCGGAAACACUUGCAAUGGCAACGUUGGCAACACCGUGCCUUGCGAUGGAAGCUGCCGUUCAUUCUCUGGAAGGCAUUCUCUGAAGAUCAGCGGUGGUGGACCUGGAAACUGUGUCACCGUUUACAACAAAGCUGGAUGCCAACACGAGAGGUUCGACCAAUGGACUUCCUUCAGGCUCGAUUCUGGUGUUUGCCGCAAUAUCAAUACCGGAUACGGAGUGGAAUCCUUCAGAUGCUCAACCGAUGUCUGCCUUUCUUAG